UCCAUAUCAGGUAAGGCUGAUAUUUCACAACAUGACCCGUUAUAAUCAGAUGUAUAAGAUUAUUGUACUGCUUGGAAUUCUGGAGUUUGAGAGUAUGAUAAAAUAAGCAAUAGGGAACUUGUAAGACCUGCAAAGGCUGGGCCCAUCAACAUUUAAUCACAGGUGAGGACUGGCCCCUGAGGCCUCGCCAGAGGUACUACUGACUGCUAACAGUAUCAUUUUCUUCAGCUGUGUAGUCACAAAUGCCCCUGCUCCACUAAACAAGCUGCCACUUGGGCUACUAACUCCAUGGGCCACAUGUAAAGAGAAGAAACGAAAGCAGGGGUCGGGAGGAGAGAUUCCUCGAAAAAAGGGUUCCGGCAGGAGAGGGAGAAGAAUAAGCUUUGGAAAUGAGUUUGGGAAAAUGACUAAAAUUCAUUGUGUAAAUGUGUGAAACUGUAAAACAAUAAGGAAUAAGAAAAGGAAACAAUACACAGUGUAAAUACACAUGCAUACACACCUAUGUAGACAGACAUCUGUAUUUCAAAUGAGAAAAUGUUUAUAGAGGUUAUGUGUUAUGGGAUUUCAGAGCGGUCAUGUUUUGCAAGAUCCAAUUAUUUGGAUAAUUGGGCAUGUGAAAUAGUUAGAAACAGAUAUAAACUGGUAUGAAAAUGUCCAUAUUCAAAGGCUGGAAAGAUGACUCAGCAGUUAAGAGUACCCAACAUCCAAUUUCGGCUCAUGAUCCUCUGUAACUGCAGUUCCAGGAGAUCUAAUGCCCUUUUCUGUCCUACACAGGCACUGCAUAAGGGCAGGAGAAACAUUGGUACAUAUAAAAUGAGAAAAGUCCAUAUGUAGCAGUAACCGAAUAUAAAACCAAUAUAUGCAAUGAAAAUUAAAAAGAAUACAAAAUUAUUUUUCUAACUUAUUUCUCAAAUUCUGUCCCUUGCAUCACACUCCUGUCCCCUCAGGGGCUGAGGAAGGCAGCAUGUGGAGGUGGAACCAGACCUCCCUGGAAGACUUCAUCCUUCAAGGGCUCUUUGAUGACUCCCUCAACCACCUCUGUCUUUUCCUCCUGCUGAUGCUGGUCUUCCUCACCGCAGUGAUUGGCAACAGCCUCACCAUCCUCCUCAUCUGUGCUGACCCCCAUCUUCACACCUCGAUGUACUUCCUGCUCAGCCAGCUGUCACUCAUGGAUCUGAUGCAUGUCUCCACAACCAUCCCCAAGAUGGCUAGCAACUACCUGUCUGGUAAGAAGUCCAUCUCCUUUGUGGGCUGUGCUACCCAGCACUUCAUGUACCUGUCUCUGGGUGGAGCAGAAUGUCUCCUCCUGGCCCUCAUGGCCUAUGACCGCUAUGUUGCCAUCUGUCACCCCUUACGAUAUACUGUGCUCAUGAGCAGAAGAGUGGGAGUGAUGAUGGCUGUCAUGUCAUGGUUGAGUGCGUCUGUGAACUCCCUAAUCCACACAUCCAUCUUGAUGAGCUUCCCUUUCUGUGGUUCAAGAAUCAUCCACCACUUCUACUGUGAAUAUCCUGCUGUUGUGAAGUUGGUGUGUGGUGAUGUCACUCUCUAUGAGACCACAGUGUACAUCUGUAGUGUUGUACUUCUCCUCCUCCCCAUCAUCCUCGUCUCUGCGUCCUAUGGCUUCAUUCUCCACAGUGUGAUUCAGAUGCGUUCAGCUGGGAGUAAGAGAAACGCCUUUGCCACCUGCAGCUCUCAUCUCAUUGUCGUUUCCCUCUGGUAUGGUGCCUGCAUCUUCUCCUACAUGAGGCCCCGGUCCCAGCGCACUCCACUGCAAGACAAAGUUGGUUCUGUUUUCUAUAGCAUCAUUACUCCCACCCUGAAUCCCCUGAUUUAUACUCUCAGGAAUAAGGAUGUUGCUAAGGCUCUGAACAGAGUGCUGAGGAGGGAUGUUGUUGCCUAGGGACUGCAACUGUAUUUGUCCUGAAUACAAUGCUGGGCAGGCUGUACUCCGUACACCGAUCAGGGCAAAACACUAAGACUUUUAAGGCCAAGAUUCCUUAUGCCCUUUGAGGAGGACAAGAGUGAAAUUUUAACUUCUAAGCUCACUAUUGUAAUAUUUUUUCCAGCAUGCCAUACCGUACAUUAUGUUUCAGCAAACCAUUUGAGAGGUGGGGCCCAGUGUAAAAAUAUCUCUAGAAGGGUUCAUAUAAGGUGAUAGCUCAGUUAGUAAAGUGCUUGUUGUGCAAGCAUGAGCUGAGUGUAAAAAACCUGGCAUGGUGCCAUGAGCUCAUAAUGCCAGUGUUGUAGAAGUGAGGACAAGUCAAUGCCUGUGGCUCCCAGACUAGCCAGCCUGUCUGAAUGGGCACUUUCAGGUCAGGGAGGCUCAAAGAGGGUGGGUGACUCCAGAAGAGCAGCAGACAAGGUUGAGAAGAUUGAGCUCAGGUCUACACACACACACACAUACACACACACACACACACACACACAUACACACACCACACA